UAUUGGGCCUGUGGAUGAGGCAUCCUGAGGGAGAAAAAAGUAGAGAGAGAGAGAAAAAGAUAUCUACCUUAGGGAAGAACCUCAGAGAGAGGGAGGGAAGGAGAGGACGGGUAGGAGCGUGUGUGCAUGUGUGUAAGAGACACUUAUUCUCUUAACUACUAGGAGACAGACACACUUUCCUGGCCCGACUCAAAGAAGGGGGGAAAACAGGAGGAAGAUUUUUUUUUCAAUAUCAUUUUAAUUUUCCCCUCAUUCAACAAUCAAGCUGCCCUAAAGCUUCUCUUCCUGGAAACUCUUCUUCAUUGCCUACUGGAAGUUCUAUGUAUUGAUCCAUUUACCCUCUCACACACUACAAGGCUUACCUCAUGGAUUUGUAUCUGAUUGGAUAUUUGAUGUGUGUGUGGUUGUCCAGCUCACGGGUGCUUGGAGGCUAUCCCAUCUGGUGGUCCCUGGCCCUCGGGCAGCAGUACUCGUCUCUGGGCUCCCAACCCAUCCUGUGUGGCUCUAUCCCCGGCCUGGUGCCCAAGCAGCUGCGUUUCUGUCGCAACUACAUAGAGAUCAUGCCCAGCGUUGCUGAAGGCGUCAAGCUGGGGAUCCAGGAGUGCCAGCACCAGUUUAGGGGCCGCCGAUGGAACUGCACCACCAUCAAGGACAACCUCGCCAUCUUUGGCCCUGUGUUAGAUAAAGCAACCAGAGAGUCAGCGUUUGUCCACGCUAUAGCCUCAGGCGGGGUUGCGUUUGCAGUGACGCGUUCCUGCGCUGAGGGCACGUCCACCAUGUGCGGCUGCGACUCCCACCACAAGGGGCCUCCCGGGGAGGGCUGGAAAUGGGGCGGCUGCAGCGAGGAUGCAGAAUUCGGGGUGCUGGUGUCCAGAGAGUUCGCUGAUGCCAGAGAAAACCGCCCAGACGCUCGCUCAGCAAUGAACCGGCACAACAACGAGGCGGGACGCACGACCAUCCUCGACCACAUGCACCUGCGCUGUAAAUGCCACGGCCUGUCAGGAAGCUGUGAGGUGAAGACAUGUUGGUGGGCGCAGCCGGACUUCCGCAUGCUGGGCGACUACCUGAAAGACAAGUACGACAGCGCCUCGGAGAUGGUGGUGGAGAAGCACCGCGAGUCUCGAGGCUGGGUGGAGACGCUGCGGGUCAAGUACGCCUUCUUUAAGCACCCCACCGAGCGCGACCUGGUCUACUACGAGGGUUCGCCCAAUUUCUGCGAGCCCAACCCGGAGACGGGCUCCUUUGGAACCCGCGACCGAGUCUGCAACGUGUCGUCGCACGGCAUCGAGGGCUGUGACCUGCUAUGCUGCGGCCGCGGCCACAACACCCGGACUGAGAAACGCAAGGAGAAGUGUCACUGCAUCUUCCACUGGUGCUGCUACGUCAGCUGUCAGGAGUGCGUGCGUGUCUACGACGUACACACGUGCAAGUGAGAGAGGCCUGCGCUUUGGGACAAAACUGACUGCUGGACUACAAGUGCUGCCCACCCACCCUUCAACCCCCACCCUGCUACUCCAGACACACACUGCAUCCCACACAAAAACAUAUGCAUCAGCACACACACUCAGGCCCUAAUGGGUAAUGGCACAUCAGUAAUGGAUGCUUCUAUAACAUUAUUUUGUAAAAAAAAAAAAACAAACAAAAAAAAACCCUGCACUAGAAUCCGUCUUCCAAACCACUACACCCAUUUCCAUAAUAUAUCUGACCAGAGAGCGUCCUGCGUUGACCUGACCGCCCUCAUUGGAAGAAGUUAGAGUUGUGCCACUUCCCCCUGCAGCAUUGGGCCAUGACCCCCCCAGCCCCCUCCCCUCUCCCCCCUUCCCCCUUUGUCUUUAUUUAUUUCCCCCCUCCAUGCCAACACAAUGCUUGUGGCAUGUACAGUAACACUUUUUACCUGUGAGAUUAAUGCAGUAAAAAAAAAAAAAAAAAGAAAGAAAAGAAAAAAGAAAAAACUUUCAGACUCUCUUUGCUUUUGAAUAAAAAGCAUUUUCUAACUAACACCUCACUUCUCCGGCCAGUCUGGCUGGUUUUACCUUUUUUUUUUUUUUUUUUUUUAACUAAACCAACCUCUACACCGUCACUUAGUCGUAAGUGAUACUGAACACGUCGGCAGCCCCAGGAAACUAUCACUUUGUAACUACUGAACUGAACUUUAAAAAAAAAAAAAAACUGCAGGCAAGGCAUUGGAGGUGCCACAGUCCUGUCUCUUGUAAACUACUGAGCUGAUGAAAUCCUCAGUGUUGCUACUCCCUUGCUGACUGACUCUACUGCACCAGUCAACCCGGGAAGCCUGGAAGAUAUAUGCUACAGCCUGAUUUUAUAGCCCCUGCAUUUCUGAAAUAUUACCAAUGGGCUGGGAGUGGAGGUAUGCAGGAGAGGGCAUGUGUGUGAACAAGCAUGCUCAUUCCACUAACUAACAACCCUACACAUGUAUAUGUAUGCACUAUUCAGUUAGUUCAUAACUCCAGGUGGUAAAAAUUUGAGCAUUGUUUAUGCGAGCAAAUUCUUCUUCAUUGCAAGCUAGCAGUCCUUAUGAAUGACGACUUUGUUCCUACGUUCGGGCUGAUGAUCAACCUGUAAAUUGCUCAUGAUUUCCACAUGUGUGAUGUAACAGACAGUUAUACAUUAUUCAGUUCAAGGAGUGCUGUGGUGAAAACAACCAGAAAAAAAAAACAACCCCACACACAGCGCUCAAAUUGUAUGAGUGAGUAGAAGAUCAUUUAUGGCUGUUUCAUUUUAUGAAUUUAUGCAUCAGACUUGAGUCAAGCUUUAGCAUGCUUAAUAUUAAUUCUGCUCUUACGGGCAACGUGAUUAUCGGGAGAUCUUUUCUAUCUAACACUUCACACAUUCAUCAGGUCUAUCUUAGAGACUUUAAGCAGAUCUUUCUUUUAUCACUGUAAUAAAAAAAGAAAAAGGGGGACAUGUGACGACAUGUGGAGGCCAGAGUGCAGAGUGGAUUCUGAUUGGCUUUCACAUCCAUCCUUCUCUCCAUAUUUCUCCCUCAGUUAAGACAGCUGAGGUUUUUAAGAGGCCUGAUUUAUGAACUUGUAUUCUUGUCAGUGCACCCCAAAAACACUUCUGCCUCGCUGUUUUGGUUUUGGAGCCACUGGAAGAACAAUACAGUGCAAUUUACUCGGAAUCAUUUUUUUCAGAGGCAUGGAUGUCAGCCCAGUUGAGUCUGCCUGGUAGUUUUUAACUGAAGGAAAUGGUUUUGAGAUUGUUGAGGAAAAUAGUUGUGAUUUUUUGGGGUGGAUAGAAAAAAACACUUCCAGUUCAUGUAGUCUCUUGAUUGCUGAUUCUCGAAGCUGAAGACAGUUGAGCAAGAUGUGGAUGUGUGUGUGUGUGUGCGCGUGACGGCUGCCAGUGACAAACAGUGGAUGGAAAAAUGGUUGGCUGGGUGGUUGGUUGGAUGGAUGGAUGGAUGGAUGGCGGGCUGGCUCUUCGCAAUGGUGGAACAAACUGUGAGAGGUUUCCACACAACAUGUUCUGACAGUCCCACCUGCUUCCUAUUAAUUAUAUUCAACAACAAAAAUACAAGUUACCCAGUAGUGUAUAGGCUGUCAUCUCUUUGUGACAUAGCUUAGCAUUUGCGUCAUCUUCUACACAGCCCUGCCUACCUGGGCCUACCUUUCUGUGUUCAGUCCCCUCCAACCCCCAACCCCUACUUCCCCCGCUAUAUCCAAAGUUUUGUACAAAUGUUUUAAAGUGAAUAAUUCCCUUUUUAUUUUAUAAUCGUAAAUGUUAUGUUUUUAUAAAUAUUAUUUAUUAUACAAUGUAUAUAUCUGUAUGACUGAGCUAAGAUUAUAUAUUUGAAGA